ACGUCACGGUGGGGGAGAGGGGAGGGGACUGGGGAAGGGAGGGGAGGGGAAGAGGGGAGUGGAAUUGGAACUUGGAAGUAUCCGAUCUAGGGUUUCAUUCACAAGGCGAAUCCUCGAGAUCCUGGCCCCCCCAUUUGGGUCCUUCACUCCUUUCGUCCUAGGAAGCAAAGUGCUAUAGUAGACCUCGUCGAGAAUUACAUUGGGAUCUACGACAUCGUAUGUACUGCUCGUUCGUUAGCAGAGAUCGGAGGCCUUAAAAUUGGGCCCUAAUCCACUGCUAUAUUUAUUGCUGAAAUCUUGAAAUUUGAAGUUUUACAAGGACUUCUUUUCCUUCCAAGCUUGUAUUCGAUCACACUAUACCUGUAAUUCUGACUUGCCACUGAGCUUGAAUUGAUACAAUGAGAGCACAUGAACGAGUUGUAAACUUUUCUCUUUUAGGCUUGACUUUAGCACCACUUUUUGUGAAGGUAAAUCCCAAUGUCAAUGUAAUUUUGACAGCAUGUCUAACUGUUUAUGUGGGUUGCUAUCGGUCAGUCAAGCCAACACCACCUUCAGAGACGAUGUCAAAUGAAUAUGCCAUGCGAUUUCCUUUUGUUGGAAGUGCAAUGCUGUUGUCACUGUUUCUUCUUUUCAAGUUCUUCUCCAAAGAUCUAGUUAAUGCAGUACUGACAUGUUACUUCUUUGUUCUUGGGAUCUUGGCUCUUUCGGCAACAUUAUUACCAGCAAUCAAACAUUUUCUCCCAAAACAUUGGAAUGAUAACCUCAUCAUUUGGCGUGCUCCAUAUUUCCAUUCUGCUUCUCUGGAAUUCACCAGAUCUCAGGUUGUCGCAUCAAUACCUGGAACUUUCUUCUGUGUCUGGUAUGCUCUAAAAAAACAUUGGCUCGCAAACAAUAUCUUGGGAAUUGCAUUCUGCAUUCAGGGGAUUGAGAUGUUAUCGUUGGGAUCAUUUAAAACUGGUGCCAUUCUUUUGGUUGGACUAUUUUUUUAUGAUAUCUUUUGGGUGUUCUUGACACCAGUGAUGGUUAGUGUUGCAAAAUCUUUUGAUGCUCCCAUCAAGCUUAUAUUUCCAACUUCUGAUGCUGCGAGACCAUUUUCCAUGCUGGGCCUUGGUGAUAUUGUUAUUCCUGGGAUUUUCGUUGCCUUGGCAUUGCGCUUUGAUGUUUCCAGAGGAAAGCAAAUACGAUACUUUAAUAGUGCCUUUUUAGGAUAUACUAUUGGUUUGGUCCUUACCAUCAUAGUCAUGAACUGGUUCCAAGCUGCACAGCCUGCUUUGCUGUAUAUAGUACCGGGUGUUAUUGGAUUUUUAGCAGCUCAUUGCCUAUGGAAUGGGGAAGUAAAAUCGUUGCUGGAGUACAAUGAAUCGCAAUCAUCGACCGAGAAGAGCAGUAGCAGUUCAGCAGAAGAUGAAGUUACUAAUGCUGACAAGAAAGUGGAUUAGUUGUUGAUUUUGUUGCCAUCUUAACAAUUCAGAGAUUUUGUUGCAAAUGAAGUUCAACUAUUUAUUUUUUAAUGUAUAUUUUUUUCAAAA